AUGAAGCUUACCUCAGUUCUUUUCGUAGCCGCAGCUUCUGCUGCCGCCCAUCCCAAUGCCACUCGCACAAAAGUCAUCCUUGAAAAUGACUGGAGCUCAGCGGGAUUUAUCCCUUUCCUCCUUGCUCUUGACGCUGGAUGGGACGUUCUUGGAUUGAUCGGUGACACCGCCAAUUCAUGGGCCCUACAAACCAGUCUACACGGUCUGGCCACGCUUGAAAUUGGGAAUUUAUCGUCCUGCAUUCCAGUAUACAAGGGCGCCGACUUUCCUCUCCUCAACACACCGGAACUCUUUGCUAUGUGGGAGCAGAUCCAUGGAGAUCUGCCCUGGCAAGGUGUAUUUGCGCCAGAGAAUUUGACAGCAGAGGCUUUGGGCAGUGACCCAACUUCGGGCAACCCCCAAAGGAUCUCUCCGGCUGCUUUCGUUGAGGGCUUCCCUAAUGCCACCCUUGCAGGCAAACACGCCGCGGCAUGGAUGAUUGAGCAGGUGCAUUUGUAUCCUGGAGAGGUUAUGAUAUAUUCUGGUGGCACCUUGACCAACAUCGCCCUAGCCGUGCGCAUGGACCCCGAAUUUGCUUCGCUUGCUAAGGGUCUCGUUAUCAUGGGUGGAUAUAUUGAUGUCAACUUGUACCAAGCAAGCGGAUCUGUAAAUCAGGCCGACAUCAACAGUGAUAUCAAUUUGAUGUUGGACCCAGAGGCAACCAAAAUUGCCCUGACAGCUUCGUUUCCAAACAUCAGCAAUGCUGCAAACCAAGUCUUCCCAGACCAAGAAUACCUCGACACGGUAUAUCAGGUGAAAAACAAAUACACGACCUUGAUGUACAACAACUACGGGACCAUUUUCCCAUUCUGGGAUGAAACGGCGAUGUUCGCUGUCCUGGAUCCCAGCAAUGUUAUCAAUUCCACGCAGUUCUACCUCGACGUGGACACCGCCUGGUCCAGCCCAAGCUAUGGCACUGUCCACGUAUACCAGCAGGCGUUGAUGCCGAGGCAACAAACUCUUCAGCUGGUCAACUAUGUGUAUGAAGUUGACGCCAAAAAGCUGAAAUCAAGCAUCAAAAGAGCCGUGCAGUAUCCUACAAGUUGUGAGAAGAUGCAACGGGGGUGGUAG